AUGGCACCUGAUGUGGAAGUAUGCAUAGUAUGUAGUGAUAACUUUAUAGUGUGCACGAAAAUAGUAAAGUGUGGCCUUUGCAAGCUUAAAUUCCAUACGUCAUGCGUAUCUGUGAGAGACAGCUGGUUAAAAAUCUUUUCAGAAUGCGAAAAUAUAUUUUGGCUUUGCGACGAUUGUAAAUGCUCCUUGCAGUCAGUCAGUAAUGAGACAAAAACUGACAUAACAUUAUUGAGAAAAGAGUUGGAAAGCGUCAAUCGAGAAUUGGAUUCAACUAAAAAACUUUUAACUAAUCUCGAAUACACUGUACAGUUGCAAAAAUCCCUGCUGAAGUCGUACGAAGAACGUGAACCUGCAAAAUCUCAAGCAUGUGGUAGUAGCCAGGUCAACGUACAUCAACCUGGUCUUCUUUUUAGUGAUAUAGUAAAACAGAAGAAUAUUGACAACUCAUCUGUUCUUUUGGUUCAAUCUGUUGGUAGCAACACCUCCGACACAAGUAAAGUGUUAGAUGACAUAAAAUCAUCUGUCAAUUUGGCCAGCAUGAAUAUAUGUGAGGUGUUAUCUGACGAAAAUGACGAUCAGCCGUUUGGUGAAUCGUCAGACGAAUACGUUCCAAGUAGCGAUGAUGAAUCCGACGAUUUUACUGAAAAACCACUGUUACUGAAACGCACCAAUGUACAUGCAACUUUACCACAGCCAAGCUGCUCAAAUAUACCAGAUAAUCAGGAUUUGGUCAUGGAAACAAUUAUUGAACAGGUUAUUCAGAACAAUAUUGGUUCAAGUAGUAGUGACGAAGAAUCUAUCGAUGAUGACCAGCUGAUUUGGAUCGAAUUUGAAGCAUUUCGUGUUCACGGAACUUAA